AUGACGUGGAAUCCGAACGACGCCGCGAUGGCUCUGUGUGUCCUUGGCACCGCCGAGCUGGUUUCUGCGAUCGCGAGCUUCCAGCGCGGGCUCCACGGCGACACGCUCGACCUCCUGCACGAGCUCGACGUCGUCGAGAUCCCAUUCGUCUCGGACGCGAGCCUCGUUGCCAUUGCGGAGGCCCUUGCGAGCGCCUUUGCCAGCGUCCACCGCGCCUUUCUGCCAUGGCUCGCUCGCCGCGGCCAGGCACCGCUCGCGCACGUCUGCCACGUCAAGCACCUCCGCCACGAGCUCCUCUACUUUGCGCUCGCGUACGGCCGCGUCGACAUCCUGCAGCACCUCGCCAAUUCGGCGCGCAUUCUCUUGUCGCCUGCGCGCCUCCAGUCGCUCGCGUCCUCGGUGGCACUCGCAUCGUCCGAGGUCCCGCAUGCAAUGCUACAAUCGAUGCGCAACGGGUUCCGGCCGCUGCGCAUCGACGUGUGCCGGAACGCGCUUGGCGUCGCCUGCGUCCAGGGGCACCUGCCGCUGGUGCAGCACUUGCUCGAGCACCGAAUGACGGGACGGGCAUGGGAGCCAUCGGACGCCGUGGCAAUCUGCUCGAAAGGGCACCUCGACGUCGCGCGAUACCUUUGCGACCACGCGUGCGCUGGCUUUGGCGCUGACGCCGCCGCAGCUGCCGCUGGAAACGGCCACGAGGAUCUGCUCGUGUUCCUCCUCCGCCGCGCCAUAGACGAUAGCAGUGUCCUUGACGCUGCGCUGGUUGCUGCCGCGAAAUACGGCCGCGUCGACGUGCUUGCCCGUCUACAUGUGGCAUCCUAUGACGUGGCGACGGCAGCGAUUCCCGCCAUCACAUACGACCAAGUGGGCAUCCUGCGCUUUCUGCUCUCACAUCAAAGCGACGGCGUGCCUGCCCAAGCGCUGGAACACGCGGCGACGCUCGGACGCCUGGAUGCGGUGCAGCUAUUACACGAGUAUGGCCUUGUUAGCCGCCGACAUCAAGCGCUUCUCGCCGCCGUCGCCAGCGGGCACGAGCCCGUCGUUCGGUACUUGUACUCGGUCGCGGCGUCCGACUUGAACACGGCAGCGGCUAUCAAAGAGGCCAAGCGAGCCAAGCACCGAGAGGUUCUGCGCUAUCUCAAGACGCAACGGGCGAACGACUGCCGCGUCCAAUGA